UCAAAUGUCUUCUUUUUUAAACCACGUUUCCUCAAGAAAACGACAAAUCACAUAAUUUUACAUGUAAAACGUUGCGUGAUCCCAAAGAUACCAAACAAAGGCUAAUUUAAUCGGUAAUCUCAAUGCUGUGUGGUGUCGUCACUGGCCGCUGGAAUGGCGAUUUAAAUUUUUAGCAACAGCGCCUGCGUGGAAUAUAAUGCUCGCUUAUUUGUCUUUCUCGCGGUAAUCUCUGUACAAAAUUACUUUGUUUCCUGCAAAACAGUAACAGGAUUUUGUAAAAUGACUUUGUUUCCUACAGAACAGUAACAGGAUUCUGUAGUUAACGUUUUUAUCAUAUUGAAUCAUGCCUAUUUCCUGCUCAGCAACUGAUUGCUCGAACCGCUUUGUCAAAGGGUCAGCGAUCCGAUUCUACAGGUUUUCAAUCAGCAAACCUCAGCUGGCCGAGCAAUGGGUACAAAGCCUUGGGAGGAAGAACUUUGUUCCCACUCAGAACUCUUGUUUGUGCUCUGAGCAUUUCCAGACUGACUGCUUUCGUGACUAUAAUGGAAAACUGUUUCUCAGAGAGGAUGCUGUGCCUACUAUUUUCACAAAUUCUGGAGGAGAUGGUUUAAAGAUUGAGUUACGAAAAAAUAGAGGAGGAAUAGUGGCGAAGGAUGCAAAUGAAUCCAUUCGGUUUAGUGCGCAUACUGAUAGAGCCAAACAAAUGGCAAAGGACAGAAGACAGAAGCCUGAAGAAAUGUUUUUUUCUUUAUUUCAGGGCAGAAGCACAAAUGACCUGAGACGUGGAGGGGCAAAGCUCACAUCAGGUGACAGACUAACCCUGGCUAUCAAGAGUAAGGUGUAUGACAGCAAAGGCCUGCUGAUCUGAUGUGGGAGGGAUCUUUGCGACUGUCUGGAUGUAGACUGCAUGGGCUGCUUCUACCCAUGUCCUGAGUGUGGCUCGCGGAAGUGCGGUGUGAAGUGCAGGUGUGACCGGAAAUGGCUAUAUGAGCAGGUGGAAGUAGAGGGCGGUGAGAUCAUUCGCAACAAGUUUGCCAAUUAGCUAACCUGCUGGGAGACAAAAAAGAUGAUACUACUUCUGUAACUGAGAAUAGAGGACUGGCACUGGCUUUGUGUAUGGACAUCGCAGAAGUAUACGGUUGAAUUGAUAUCUUGUUUAUUUUUUGAAUGUUUUUGAAAUGCUUGUUGCUAUAUUUCCAUGCUAUCACUAAUACAUAGCUGUAUUCAUUGUUUAAUCCUUCCAGGAUAACUGUUAUGCUGUAGUCUAAUUGUCUGUGUUUGAAAUUUGCUUUUACACUUAUAAAAUAAAAUAAUAAAUAAGUAAAAUAAAAUAAAAGCAGAACAUAAAUCAACCAGAGUGCACAGUGCUGAUUCAAAGGUUUACAAUGAUGAUCUCUUAACCCCAUUUUGAAUGCUGUAAAUAUUUGGGAAUAUGUAGCUACUGGAAGCUACGUGUCUGUAAAAUGCCUGAAUAACACACAAAACCUGUAUUGACAUGUUGUCCGUGAUACACAAUGCUAUAUUUUCUUGUGAAAAUUUGAUACCUGAACACUGUAUUGGCCGAUAAAAUACCAGUGUGGAUUAUUGAAGGGGUUGGUUACCCCUGUUUCUUUCGUCUAUUGAAUACAUUUACUAGGAAAUGUUAUAAUCAAAAGGUAGUCUUCUUCCAUGUGCAUUUAUUCAGGUGUGUAUAAUUAUGAAUGUUACAUGUCAUUUGUGUAUUUGGUCUCUGAGGGUCUGACCCAUGUCAGGAGUGCAGUAACAAUGCUUGAUCAUUUAGCCUGGCUCCUUUAGAACAAAUAUGCAUGUGAGCUGUGGUUAAUUCAUCAAUCAUUAAUCAAAUUAUGCAAGAGUUUUAUUGUAAGUUUUAGGUCACUACUCACUACUACUACUGUACCACAUGUAUUUACUGACACAAAUGCAAUCUUAGCGCUCGUAACUAAAAUAUUUUUAGUCAUGUUUGUUCAAGCUGGAUUAGGCCUGUGUUUCAGUGAGGUCUGCCUCAACCUUGAGGGAAAGGUAGUCGUCAGUUUUGUUCAGUCUAAUGAUGACAUAGCAAGGAUUGCUUGGAGUUUUAAGAGUCCUUUGAUUGCAUGAGCCAAAAGAAUUGAGCUCCAAAGGUAUCUAAAAGGAGAAGAGCCUUUUGAUUCAUGAUUCACCUCUGACCAUUAUCAGCUGACCAUCUUGACUUCGUGUUUUAAAUUGUAAACUUUGAAUGAUUGCAUUCUCACAGCUGAACAGAACACCAUGUUUGGAUGUUUCUAGAAUUAUCUGUUCUGUUCACCUAUCAGAACUCUGUACUUGUAAGAGAUUAUGUCAGUUAAUUUGCAUAUGCCUAUAAUUACUGUUGUUUCAGUAGUCUAAUUUAGUAAGAGGCUAGACCCUCCGUUCAUUUUCUGUUUCUCUCUUUUGCCUUUGGAAAUGUGGAGAACUUUGUCUUCGGAAAACUUUCAUCUGAUUGAAACUCCUGGUCUUCAUUAUUUAUUCUGGUCACUCUAAUAGGUCAAGCUGUAUUCCCCUACAAUAUCUAUACCUCACUGUGUGGAACUGAUUUGAAGUGCUUUAUAUGGAAAGAAAUACAAAUAUCCAACUACACAACUAAGCCUUUCUUUAUUGUUCUCUUCUGGAUAAUGCAGCAGCAAAAUUAACAGUAAUUCCAGGGAAAGUCUUCACUAGAAAAGAAGAUAGUUCUCUUUCCAAAUGUUUUUUUCUACUUGUGUCUGACCUCUCAUAUUAUACAGCACUCUGAGAACUGAAAACAGCAGUGCAUCAUGAGCCUCGCAUGUGCUAUGUGUGUGACAACAGCAGCACUCAUUCAGUGAUGAA